CAGCGCGAGAGACCGGAGUUGCCGGACCGAGCCGCUGACAUAGUAAAUGUCCGAAUAAAAUACACACUUGGAAAAAGAGAGAAAAAUUAGGGCCAUUGGGAAGGCUGAAGUGUGCUAAGCUAGCAAUCAUACCGAAUCGACAGCAAAAGCGAUCGCCCGCAAUCUGCGCACGGAAAAUCCGAGACUCGGCAACUUAGCAGGACGAUAGAGCGACAGCGAUCCCGAAGGCAGGACGACAAAUGGCGGAGAACGGACUGCGCGUGCCAGGGUCAUCCGCGGUGGCCUCUGCGGUGGCUUCCACUGCGACGGGAGUCGGCGGUGGAUCAGCAGCGGGAACUGCGGGGGCCGGGACAGGAGUGGUGCCCACCGGCGGCAGCGGCGGGACGAGCAACGGGGAGCAUGAGAACGAACACAACGCCAAUGCAGACGGCGAGAAGGCCCAGCCGGCGCCGGCGGUCCAGAAGUACAUGCAGGAGCUCAUGACGGAGCGAUCGCGCAUGGAAAACCACUUCCCCCUGGCGGUGAAGCUAAUUGACGAAGCUCUGGAGCGUGUGCAGCUAAACGGACGCAUUCCCACGAGAGACCAGUACGCCGAUGUCUACCAGCAGCGCACCAUCAAGCUGUCCCAAAAAGUGCACGUGCCCAUCAAGGACAAGAAGUUCAACUAUGUGGGCAAGCUACUGGGGCCCAAGGGCAACUCACUGCGUCGCCUGCAGGAGGAGACGCAGUGCAAGAUCGUCAUACUUGGUCGCUUCUCAAUGAAGGAUCGCGCCCGUGAGGAGGAGCUGCGCAACUCCGCGGACGCAAAGUACGCCCACCUGAAUCUUCCGCUGCACGUCGAGGUGUCCACCAUUGCUCCGCCCGCCGAGGCGUACGCUCGUGUGGCGUAUGCCCUGGCUGAGAUUCGGCGGUACCUCACGCCGGACAAGCACGAUGACAUCCGCCAAGAGCAGUACCGCGAACUCAUGGAGGAUCCGGAGGCGGCCAAGAAGCUGACGCUUCGCCAGCUGCAACAGCAGUCGAAUGCGGCAGGUAGUGGUGCAGGAGGAGGAGGCGGUGGUGGAGGCGGAAACGGAAAUGGCGGUGCAGCUGGAUCCGGCAACAACAAUGCCAAUGGGAACCAGCGCUCCGGCGGCAACUACAGACAAAAGUUUCAGCAACAAUCACACUAUCGCCACAACGAGGAGACUGUCUAUUUUCGCUCACACAACAAUGCGUACCACCAGCCAAAACCCUAUGUGCCAGCCGCCCAGAGGGGCAAUGCCAUGCACACAACCUUGCCACCGCAAGCAAUUGUGCGAGCCUCACCGCCCGGAAUGGUCGUCAGUGCGGCCAGCUUCAAUGGCCGAAACGCCGGGCUGGGUAAUGCCGGCGGUGGCGGAAUCAUGGCCAAUAGCAUCGUGGCCACCACUGGCGGUGGCAUCGGUGGCGCUGUGCCACCCAACAUGCGCUACCGUCCCGCUGCCCCCUAUCAGUUUGUCAAGAAAUAAUACAGAUGGGAGGAUGCACCGCCCGCUGCCGUUCGCUGUUUGUUCAACUAUUCCUCACCAUCAUUGAUGCCUCAUCCGGAAGUAUUCACGCCCAUCUGUCAUACCCAUCCAAACACCCACAGCCACACACAGCUCCAAAGGUAGAUGUAGUAACUAUGAGAACAUUGGAAACUUGUCAUGCAUUGAUUUCAUCAAGAUUUCGGCAGGGUGGAAACCAAAACGAAACGAAUGAGUAAAUCUAUGUUUAAGAAAACUAGCCUAAGUAGACAAAUGCUCCGAGGAACAGACGAACACCUCAGCCACCCAACCAAAACCAAAACUAACCGACCAGACAAACACCCACCACCCCACACGCACGCAACCUCUUCUCGAGGAUUGGGUUCGAAGGAUCACGAGGGUCUGCGAUCUAAGACUUUGGAAUCCGUGUGUUGGGCCCUGCGAGCAUUUGGAAGAGAAGAAUUGAAGAAGGAGAACGAGGAGGAGGUGGAGAACGCCUCGAUGGAUCGGGCCGAAUCGAAUGGACGCAUUCAAGGAUGGUCCCAGUCGAGCCAAAUGUCCUUGUUUUGUUUUGUCGCAUAUUAUUAACAUUUUAAUUUUACCACUGACGCAUGCGAAGAUGUCAUCAAUUUGUAAUUUAUAUAAAUGAAUAUAUAUAUCUCCUUAUGCUUACUCUCAUACGUAUCCUUCUCGCAGUCGCUUAACUCUAUUGCUUUUCCAACUCUGCGUUUAAGUUUAUCCCAUUUUUUGUUGUAAUGCCUUUUGUAUUAUGUUUACGUUUAGAAGAGGAGGCUUUUUAUUUUUAUUUGUUACGUCGCCAGGACAGAGAAAGCAACUGCAAACGAUCAUGAAUAAUAUAUAACAAGUAUAUACAAGCGGUAUGAUUUAUAACACAUAGUGCAUAUGCAACACCACACGAUCAUACGCGCGUACGCAUAUUCAAAGCAUCAGCAUAUUCACCUAAAGCCGUAAAGUUUAAACCAAAUGAACAUUAGAAACGCAAACGAGAAUCUAAAACACACACAGAUCGGAGCAGGAGACCGAUUUCGCCUACGAUAAUGCUAAUGUAGCGGACAUAGCAAACCACAUCCGAUCAGAGAAAAUAUGCAAACACAUACAUACAUACAUAAUUGUUAUUGUUGUUAAAAGCAACUAAAAUUGUAAUAGAAAUUAUGCAAAUAUACAUACGAAUAUGACGACAAAUGUUAA